CCAUUUCCAUGUCUGAAAAUUUUACAUGAAAAGGUAGUUGAUUGAUUGGUCACAAAAGAAAGAAACAAUUCCAAGAAAGCUGUAGAAGAAGAUACACUCGAAUCUUCCAACUUCAACAAUGGCGGUCUCAUCUAAUCUCACCCAUUUCAUUUCCCUCUCUCUUAACUCUCCUCGCACUAUCACUUCUUCUAAAAUCAACUCCUUUGUUUGCCCAAUUGCUUUCACCCGUUUCUAUUCCGGAACAAGCUCAAGGUCAACCUUUUUGACCAUCCAUGGCACGAGGAGAUGCAGCAGACCCAUCUCUGUUCAAGCUAUGUCUUCUUCUUCUUCCUUUGGCUCUCGGCUUGAAGAGACUGUGAGGAAGACUCUGGAGGAAAACCCAGUUGUUAUUUACUCGAAAACUUGGUGUUCGUACUCGAUUGAGGUGAAAACGCUGUUCAAGAAACUUGGUGUAGAGCCACUGGUCAUAGAAUUGGACGAGUUGGGUGCCCAUGGACCACAGUUACAGAAACUUUUGGAGAGGCUUACAGGACAGCAUACUGUACCUAAUGUUUUCGUUGGGGGCAAACACAUUGGUGGCUGUUCAGAGACUGUGAAGCUUCACAGGAAGGGAGAACUUGAACCUUUGCUAGUAGAAAUCAAAAAUAAAAAGGCACAAAGCUAGCUUGCUGACCAAAUUUUUGUUUAGAGAUUUCAAUGGCCUUGCAAUAUGACUCCAAACUUGCACAUUUGUAGCUUUAUGUUUCAUAUAAGAACACAGUUAGAACCUUAUUGGCUUGAUUUGUUCAUAAUAAAAUGAUAAAUCCCAUUUGAUAUAAUGAGAAAAUGUGUAUUUGUUUA